GAGCAAAAGUCCGUACCUCUCGCCCUUAUGACAGAAUAGCCAGCGGUGAUAGUCCCCACAGGAUCAUCAUGACUGAAAACGCAGACAAGACAGCCCAGCCCGAAACAGGUGGAGGGGCUCGCCUCGCCACAGCCCCAAUUCAAGACGCACCCAGCAAAUCAGAGGAGGAUUCAAAUGUGCAACAGGUCCAGGAUGAAGACGAUGAUGAUGACAGAAAAGCCCAUGUGGCUCGUUACAAUAACAAUGUUCCCUUUCCUUUCGAAAUUGGAGAGACUGUCUGGAUCGUACAACCAGGCUACCGUGCACCACGAGGGGAAUUCCGCAUUACAAAGGUGCACCCCGACGACUUGUUUGAGCUUGUUGAUUGUGCAAACAAUGUCAUGCACCCAGAUUUAGUGGAGGGCAAGUAUUUAAGGCGUGAUAUCUAAGUAGCGGUCAAGAAGUCUAGAUAAUUGGUAAAUCAAGCAGGAUGGGUGGUGGCUUGGAUGUUGAACUGGCCAAUGCACGUUGGUCCAACAAGCCACAUGUCGUGGAUAACUAGAUAAGAAGCGCUUAUGACCGUGUC